AUGCAUCUCAGUGUUCUGGUCAAGGCUCUCAGAGAUUUGAAACUACAAAUUGAAGAAACCAUCACAUUUGCUGAAACAAGACAGGAGGAGGAUCUUCAAGAUGACAGUUUAUUCGAAUUACUAGAACAGUGCCAGAAAAGUGUUUCAGCAGUUUCACUUGCAAUACAUGAUCCAUCAAAUUCAGUUAGCGGUACAGUUAAAAUAGCAGACACAAAAUCGACAGAGUGUCAUUUACAAGGACAAACUACGGAACAGGUGCUGGAUGAUUUUGAAAACUUAGACGACCUAGAUUUUGAUGAUUUCUUCGAUGAGGCAGUGGAGAGUAAAAUUGCCGAGCAGUCCAGUAUUACUUCAGAAAAUGAGAAUGAAGAGUCUAUUAAACAGGUGGGUCUUAAUGACUGUGCAGAAGAAAGUGGCAUAGAAAAUAUACACUGCAUUGAUGAUGAUGAGCCAGAUGAUGUCCACCAACCAACUGAUCCUGUUUAUCAGGAAGUUUUGAAACAGUACUUUGGGUACUCAAACUUUCGACCAAUGCAGUGGAAGAUAAUAAAUUCUGUCUUAAAUGAUAAACGGGAUAAUUGUGUUAUUAUGGCAACAGGCUAUGGGAAAAGUUUGACAUUCCAGUUUCCAUCAGUUUUCACAAAGCGUGUUUCUAUCAUUAUCUGUCCCCUGAUUUCAUUAAUGGAAGACCAAGUCCACGGGCUCAAAGCGUCCAACAUAGAAGCAUGUUUCCUUGGUUCAGCCCAGUCAAAAAUGGCCACAGUUAAACAGGAUAUGUUUUCUGGAAAGUAUCGCCUUGUGUAUGUUACUCCAGAAUUUGCAACAACUGCAAUUUCAGAUUUCAAAAAGUUGGACGAGCUAGUUGGCAUUGACCUUAUUGCCAUUGAUGAAGCCCACUGUGUCUCCCAGUGGGGACAUGAUUUUCGUGAGUCUUAUCGCAGACUUGGAAUUCUCAAGCAAGAAUUUCCAAAAAUUCCCAUUUUGGCAGUGACAGCCACAGCAACAUUUGAUGUGCAGAAAGACAUCUGCUCCAGUUUGAGACUUGUAAGACCUAACAUGACCUGUACUGGAUUUGACAGACCGAACCUGUUCCUUAAUGUUGAGGCCAAACAUGGUGAUAUCGCAGCUGACUUGAAGAAUUUCAUGCAGAAAGUGGGAUACAAGUUUUGCUUUGAUGGACCUACUAUCAUCUAUUGCCCAACAAAGAAAGUAACUGAAGAAGUAACAAGUGCUUUGAAUGGUCUUGAUGUACCAUGCAUGUCCUAUCAUGCAUCUUUGUCAUUUUCUGCUCGCAGGGAGGCUCAUCAUUCCUUUUUGAAUGACAAAAUUCAGGUGGUUGUAGCAACUGUUGCAUUUGGAAUGGGUAUUGACAAACCAGACAUAAGGAGAGUUAUCCAUUAUGGAGCACCCAAGGACAUAGAAUCUUACUAUCAGGAGAUUGGAAGAGCAGGCAGAGAUGGAUUACCUAGUGUGUGCACAACACUUUUCUCAAGAUCAGAUUUCAACCUCUCAAGACAUUUCAUCUCAGCAAUCCCCAGUGAGAAGUUCAGAGACCACAAGUUAAAAAUGCUGCAGAAGAUGGAACAGUAUUUGUCUACGACUUCUUGUCGUAGGAGGAUACUGCUGUCAUAUUUUGAAAGCGGAAAUCUGAAAGAAAUUGGUGGUACUCUGAACUGUUGUGAUAAUUGCCGUUUAAGGUCUGCUAAGAUAUGUCAUGGCCUAGACGUCUCAGCUGACUCUGAGAAAUCUGUUGAUUACAGGAAAGAAGCAGCUGAUCUUUUUAAAGCUAUAGAAGCAACAGGAAAUCGCUAUGGUCUCCAAGUCCCUAUCCUGGUUCUUAAAGGAUCUGAGACGCAGAAGGUGCAGUUCUUUAAAUCAAACAAAAUAUUUGGAGCAGGAAAGUACAAAAGUGCAAGCUUCUGGACAGCUUUAGGAAGAGCAUUGAUCUACGAGGGCUAUCUGAGAGAAAAAGCUGUUCAGGGAGGAUUUGGCUCCACUGUGGAAACUACUCAGAAGGCCAAGACGUGGCUAAAUCGUUUGAAUAGAAGUGAUGAAUGUCAUCUUUUUAUUACACCAACUGGAGACCUGCAACAGGAGGAAGAAAUGCAGAAGAAAAAAUCUGUUGUAUCUGUUUCCAUGAAGCCAAGUCAAGCAGUUGCUUCAAGCUAUGUUGUGAAGCCGAGCAUUUCUGCAUCACUGACAGCUGAUUCUGUUUCUGGAUCACAGUUGUUGCCAGCUACAUUGCAGCCAUCUGCACCACCAAAGGAUGACAGAAUUGUUAGACUUGAAACUGAUUUGUAUGUUAAACUUGUGAAGACUCGAAACAGCAUAUCUCAGGAGACGGGAUUCACACCUCAUAAUAUUGCUAGCAACAAAGUGUUGUUAGACAUGGCAAAGUUCAGGCCAAGCACGAGAUCCUCGUUAUUAAAACUUGAAGACUUCCCUGAGGUCAAGGCUGAUCGGUUUGGUGACAAGUUCCUGGAGUUUAUUAAAUCAUUCUGCAGUCAAUAUGACCUGAAAAUGGAUGAAUUUCCAGAAGAGCUUCAUGCAGCGGGCACUGACGACAGUAUUGGUGCUAUCAAGGAUACCUUAAUGAAAAUCUCAGAAACCCAGCGGCAGUCGUACAUCAUGUUUGCAGUAAACAAUCAGUCAUUGGAAGAGGUAGCUUCACGUCGGGGCUUAAAAGUCUCCACUGUGGUCACUCACUUAUGUGAAGCCAUGAAAGAAGGGUUGAAUGUUGAUAUUCGGCGCCUUGGGGUGACCGAGAAAAUGGAAAACCUGGUUACCAAGGCUAUCUGGGCACCGCCUGUCAAUGGAGGAAUCAACAGCCUGACCAAAAUCAAGGAUCAGCUGCCGGAAUAUGUGGAAUACAACCAUAUUAAAGUUGUUGUGGCUCUACUGGUGCAGAAGCAUGGACAGGAGAAGAAUAGUAACGAUGAAAUUGUUCUUUGUGGAAAUGCACCAUUUAAGCAGGAGAUUGUUGACAUUGAUGCUUCUGCAGAGACUAGACAGUGUUUAAAGCGACAGAGGACACAGUCACCCCCUCAACCUCCUGUAAAGGCAAGCUGUUCCUUGGCAUUGAGUCCAGAACCAAACUCCUUGGAGCCAAACUUUCUUCAGAAGUCAGUGUCUGAUACCCAGACCAGCUGUCUACAGCAGUCCCAGUCUUCUCAGAGCCCUAGUCAAUCCAGUUCUCAAGCCUCGACGAGAAAGCUCCCGUUCUGGAUAGCAGGAUCAGCAAACAAAACCUUGCUUAAGAAAAAAAUGAAGUCCAACAGUCUUUUCAAAUAA